CCUGCUGCUCUAGUGGAGGGGAGAGAGAGGAGAGGAGAGGAGAGGAGGGGGAGAGAGAGGGAGAGAGAGAGAGAUGGCACAACGCCUCAGCAUCCAAAAGACACGGGAGUGGUGCGCCACCGAGAGCGGAGCCCCGGACUCACCCGAAGCAGAAGCAGCAGCAUCACUCUCGCCGCUCCGCCGUCUCGCCUCUCGCCGUGCAGCAGCGCGUCGGACUCGGUCAGAGAAAUUAAUCAUCGCUCGCUCUGUCUGUGCGUGUGAUUCCUCCGUGAGGUUUGGAAGGAGAGCGCCCCGACUGCGUUUUCUCAAUCAAGACCUUUGUUCCCCGACAUCCGGCGCAGCUCCCUUUCUCACCUGCCAUGGUGACAUGACACACCCCUGAGUGGCUUUUUUGCUCGUGUCUGACACACAUAGACAAUCUCUGGGGUUCCUUAGACCUCCCUGAACUCCUGCAUGCGCUCUCUAGACUCCAGCAAACUUUAAAAAACAAAACAAAAAGGGGCAUCUCUUCCUCUCGCGAUGACAGUGGCUGUGAGAUUCCGUCGCCACUUGCGUCGGCUCCUGCUCCUACUGGCCUCCUGCUGUCUCCUGUCCCUACUCCUCUCUGCCUAUUUCCUCUUCACGAACUCUACCCCGUCUAUGCAGCUUGGACAAUCCGCUGAGCCCGCCUGCUCCCAGCCGCUCUCCAUGUCCCCGUACCGACAGCUCCCCUACCCCUACCCUCCGAACCCCCCGCACACGCAUGUCCACACUGAUCCGGUGGUGCUGGUGCUGGUGGAGUCCCAGUACUCCCAGCUGGGUCAGGACAUUGUGGCUAUACUGGAGUCAGCACAUUUCCAGUUCCGCAUGGAGAUAGCCUCAGGAAAGGGCGACCUUCCGCCGCUGACGGAAAAGGGCCGCGGACGAUAUUCGCUCAUAAUUUACGAGAACCUGUUAAAGUAUGCACAUGCAGAUACGUGGAACAGACAGCUGUUGCAUCAGUACUGCACCGAGUACAGAGUCGGCAUCAUAGGUUUCUACCGCGCCACUGAAAACUCCCCAUCUAUCCUCAAACUGCGAGGCCUACCGCUGGUGCUUAGGACCAACCAGGCGCUUUGGGACUGCUGCGUGGUGUCCAGCUCGCCUCUCCUCCACCUGACCAAACCCGGCACAGAUCGAGGGGCCUUACCCGGGGAGGACUGGACCUCAUUCUCCUCUAAUCACUCCACGUAUCAAGCUGUGCUGCAUGCACGGGCUAAGGAGGGAGCAGGGGCAGGCAGCGGAGAUAAUCCAGGGCCGGGCUUCAGUCUGGGCCACCAGGCCACCGUGGUGCAGGACAUGGGACUCUAUGACGGGGUGAGGAGAGUGCUCUUUGGCCAGGGACUGGGCUACUGGCUCCACAGACUCAUCCUGGUGGACGCCAUUUCCUACCUCACAGACAGGAAGCUUACUUUGGGCCUGGACCGGCACAUACUGGUGGAUAUAGAUGACAUUUUUGUGGGGAAAGAAGGGACACGCAUGAACGCCAAGGAUGUGAAGGCUCUCCUUGAUACUCAGAAACAGCUGCGUUCUCAAAUCUCCAAUUUUACCUUCAAUCUGGGCUUCUCUGGGAAGUUCUACCACACAGGCACGGUGGAGGAGGAUGAGGGAGACGAUCUGCUACUGAAGUAUGUAGAUGAGUUCUGGUGGUUCCCCCACAUGUGGAGCCACAUGCAGCCUCACCUCUUCCACAACGAGUCCUCACUGCUGGAGCAGAUGGUCCUCAACAAGGAGUUCGCUCUGGAGCACAACAUCCCGGUGGAUAUGGGCUACGCCGUGGCUCCGCACCACUCCGGCGUCUACCCGGUUCACCUGCAGCUGUACGAGGCCUGGAGACGAGUGUGGAGCAUCCGGGUCACCAGCACCGAGGAGUAUCCCCACCUCAAACCGGCCCGCUACCGUAAGGGCUUCGUCCACAACAACAUAAUGGUGCUGCCUCGCCAGACGUGUGGCUUGUUUACUCACACCAUCUACUAUAAGGAAUACCCCGGCGGACCUAAAGAACUGGACAAAAGCAUCCGUGGGGGAGAGCUGUUUCUCACUGUGCUGCUCAAUCCAAUAAGUAUAUUCAUGACUCACCUGUCUAACUACGGCAACGAUCGACUGGGUCUCUACACAUUUGUUCACCUGGCCUCCUUCCUUCGCUCGUGGACAAACCUCAGACUUCACACACUCCCUCCCCUCCAGCUAGCGCACAAGUACUUCCAGCUUUUUCCUGAACAAAGGAACCCUCUCUGGCAGAACCCGUGUGAUGACAAACGACAUAAAGACAUCUGGUCUAAAGAGAAAACCUGCGACAGGUUGCCCAAGUUCAUGGUCAUAGGGCCACAAAAAACAGGAACGACAGCACUUUAUCUCUUCCUGCUCAUGCAUCCCUCCAUCUCCAGUAACUUCCCCAGUCCGAAGACUUAUGAGGAGGUCCAGUUCUUCAACACCAACAACUACCACAAAGGAAUUGACUGGUACAUGGAGUUUUUCCCCGUGCCCUCCAAUGUUAGCACGGACUUCCUGUUUGAGAAGAGCGCAAACUAUUUCCCCUCAGACGAGUCCCCACGGCGAGCUGCUGCCCUGCUGCCCAAGGCCAAGAUCAUCACCCUGCUCAUCAACCCCUCUGACAGGGCCUACAGCUGGUAUCAGCAUCAAAGAGCUCACGAGGACCACGCAGCCUUGCGGUUCACCUUCUAUGAUGUCAUCAGUGCGAGACAGGGAGCGCCAGCUGAGCUACGCUCCCUGCAGAGUCGCUGUCUCAUCCCCGGACUGUACGCCACACACCUAGAGAGGUGGCUCACAUACUACCCUGCUAACCAGGUGAUGAUCAUAGAUGGCCACCAACUGAGAGCUGACCCUGCAGCAGUGAUGGAUGAGGUACAGAAGUUCCUGGGAGUCACUCCUCACUUCAACUACUCCCAGGCCCUUACCUUUGACCCUCAGAAGGGCUUUUGGUGCCAGCUCCUUGAGGGCGGAAAGACAAAAUGCUUGGGGAAAAGCAAAGGACGAAAGUACCCUCCCAUGGAACCAGAGGCACGAGCAUAUCUCUCCAGGUACUACAGGGAACACAAUGUGGAGCUGUCGAAGCUGCUGCAUCGCCUCGGACAGCCCCUUCCCUCUUGGCUAAGAGAGGAGCUGCAGAAGAUAACCUUUGCAUCCAUGAGCCAGGGUUAAAGGUCGAGGGGUCAGAGACCAGGAAGCGACCAGGAGCACCUGACUUUCAGAUGCACUGUCUGUGGCCUUUUAGUGCACCCUGAGGUAAAGGCAAGGACGGGGUGCCUUGUUUCGCUUAGGAGCUGUGAUGCUGCUGAAGGGAGCAGAAGAUGUCAGGAAAACGCAAAGACGCGUUGCAAACUGAAACAGAACGGAUGGAUGGAUGGAUGGAUGGAUGGAUGGAUG